UGCUGUGCGCCGACGCCGCCCGGGUGUAGCGCCCCUCCCGGCGCGCGGCUGGACGCGCCUCUGCGCCAUGCCUCUGACUGGGCGCGCCGCUGCGACCGGUGCGGCGGCGAAGGUCGAGGCUGCGGCCCGAGGGGUCAGACGUGUGAGAGGUCGAGGGCUGGAGGGUCGCCGCCCGCGCGUGCUGAGUGUGUACGAAUACACGAAGGACUGAGACGCUGCCUCUCAACUAACAUUGGCGCGGUCAAGGUAUGGACGCUGAAGGCGUGGAAGUUGGAGGAGAGGACGUCGUUCCGUCGACGGAGCGCUGCAGGCGUCUGGAGGAUCGCUGCGUCGACCUCCAGGACCAGGUGGACGAGCUGCUCCUACGGGUGGAGGCCUUGGAGAGGAACCGAGCGCCAUCUGGACCUUCAAAAGCGCCUCCAGAUGGUCCGACUCCACGGCUGUGGUGUGACGCCGGAGCCCGCUACGAGGACACGGCGGCGUUCCGGGCGGACCUCGCCCUGCGGGAGGCGGCCCUGGCACGAGGACUACGGUUUUUACCGUAUCUGGGCCGCGCGCUGACCUGUAUGGUGAAGCGCCGCCAUCUGGUCAGGAGCGAUGUCGCGAGCAGGUGGUUCUGCCCGGACGGCAUCCACCUCACCGCGCUCGGCUACGACAAGAUUCAAAAGAAGCUUAGCGACACAUUUGCCCGCUAAGUGCGCCAAGCUAACGACGUGCUCGUUAUCGACACGCUCGAUGGAUGGCGAAGGGGGGAGGGGACAGAGAGACGGUGUCGUGUAGUGACUGCGGUGCAGGGCGAAACAUGUGCGUUGUACUUGGGUGUUUGACGUCGCGGUGCGUCGUGGACCUCGUGUUGCGGUUGCAUUAUGGUCCUUUUUGUUGCGGUUUUGUUGUUGUUUUGAGUUGUAUGUACAUAUUUUUGGAAGGAUUGUGGGUCGAACCUUUAUGGGGGGAGGUAUGUGGGGCGGCGUUUGCGUGGGUGCUGUGCGCCGACGCCGCCCGGGUGUAGCGCCCCUCCCGGCGCGCGGCUGGACGCGCCUCUGCGCCAUGCCUCUGACUGGGCGCGCCGCUGCGACCGGUGCGGCGGCGAAGGUCGAGGCUGCGGCCCGAGGGGUCAGACGUGUGAGAGGUCGAGGGCUGGAGGGUCGCCGCCCGCGCGUGCUGAGUGUGUACGAAUACACGAAGGACUGAGA